ACAUUUGUAGAACAUCUCCUGACCAUUCAUUUAAUUUCUGCAUUUCAACAGAAAUUCCGAUUCAUGGGUUGGUAGUUUAAAAAUUUGGAACAAACGAUCUACUGGGGUAACCUCGGACGGAAAAAAACAUAAUGAUUCACACAACUUUCGGCUUUUUCCAAUAAUCCUCAAUUAGAUAAGCUAAACGAAGCAUCGCUACUUAUCAAUCGAUAAGAAAUUUCUUGUUUGGGUGAGAUAAGUUGGCAGCCGUAAUGUUUGGCAGUUGACACAUGAUCGGCUGUUUACAAAUGGCCGAUGACAGCCCCUUUUUGCUUCAAAUUUGAGCCAGCAAACGGGCACACAAUGGCAUAUUUUCACUACCGUUGCGGCGAACGCAUUACUUUAUUAAACGACAAUUGUACGGCGGUGCGCAGCGACAGUGACUUCGACAAUGGUUUGGUAAUAACGGCCGAACCCCUCGUCAACGAUGUCCUUUUCGAAAUAAAAAUCGACAGAAAAGUCAAUUCCUGGUCAGGGAGCCUCGAAAUUGGCGUGGUUGACUGUGACCCCUUGCAUUUCGAUUUUCCGGCAUGCUCUUCAAAAAUACAAGCCACCUCAUGGAUCAUGUCAGGAAUGUCGUUCUUCAAGAGCGGAAAUUGUGUAAUUGAGAGGUAUGGCGCCGAUUUGGAUAAAUUAAAUCAGGAUGAUAGGAUAGGUUUAAUGCGCACAUCUGAGGGUGAUUUAAUUUUCUACGUCAACGGGGAGUCCCAAGGAGUCGCCGCUGAAAACAUCCCAAGUAUAGUCUAUGCCAUAGUCGAUGUUUACGGCAAAUGCGUCCAAGUCAGUAUUACUAGUCCCGCCCUCCGGGAACACAACAACGACGACUGCCUCAGCGGCAGUUCGGUCCUGGCCAUAGAAAACGAUAUCUUAAAUGUGACCCUAGGGGGCGACUUAAGCGAACUCAGCAUGAGCAGUAGUAACAGUCUUGAUAUCCGUAUGGAUAUGAACGUGAGUCUGAGUCUCCCAGAGGAGUGCCCCCGACCAGAUAAGUUACGUUUCCACGAUCGUUGCGGCUCAUUGGUCAAACUAUCAAACGGCAAUCGGACAGCUGAACGUCGCCGGCCUUUAGACGAGUUCAACAACGGGGUGGUCAUGACCCACCGCCCCCUACGCGACUCGGAGCUGUUCGAAAUCCGAAUUGACCGCCUCGUCGACAAGUGGAGCGGCAGUAUCGAGAUGGGCAUCACUACGCACAACCCCAGCACGCUGGUAUUCCCCGCCACGAUGACCAACAUGCGCAGCGGCACCAUAAUGAUGUCCGGUUGUGGCAUCCUAACGAACGGAAAAGGCACCAGACGCGAGUACGGCGACUUCAACCUCGACGAGUUGAGCGAAGGCGAUCGCGUCGGCAUGAUGCGCAAGCCCGACGGCAAUUUACACUACUUCAUAAAUGGGCUGGACCAGGGGGUGGCCGCCCAACGCGUCCCUUCCACCGUUUGGGGCGUGAUCGACCUCUACGGCAUGACGAUCAAAGUAUCGAUCGUUGAACGCGACGAAAGAGAAGAGCAGAAUCUCAUGACGCGUAAAAACACCCGCGACCAACAAAUCCCAGUCCCUGAUCCCCAACCUCUUCCCGACUACUAUGACCGGUUGACCUUUCAUCCGAAUUGCGGUACGCAUGCGCAAGUUAUUAAUAAUGGCAGGACUGCCCAUAGGCCGAACGCAGCCGAUGAUUUUAAUAACGGGGUGGUGCUUACGGGGCGGCCUUUAAAAACGGGGGAGUUGUUCGAGGUGAGGCUGGAUAGGGUGGUGACGAAGUGGGCGGGGUCGAUUGAAAUAGGCGUGACGACGCACAGUCCGGUUGAUUUGGAGUUCCCGUUUACUAUGACGAAUGUGAGGUCGGGGACGUGGAUGAUGACGGGAAGUGGGAUUAUGCACAAUGGGACGAUCGUUUUGGAGCAAUAUGGGGUCAAUUUGGACAGGUUGCAAGUGGGGGAUCGCGUGGGCGUGGUCAGGAAGGAAAAUGGGUUGUUACACUUUUUUGUCAAUGGGGUGGAUCAAGGGGCGGCCGCUUCGAACGUCCCCGAGAAAGUUUUCGGAGUCAUAGAUUUAUACGGCCAGGCUGUUGAGGCUUCAAUCAUCGACAUGUACGACUAUGGAUCACCCGAUACAAUUAACUCGAGUUUAUCCAACACAACACUUUACAGUGAUUUGAGGUUUCACCACGUUCAUGGCAAAAACGCCCGGAUUGUGAACGGGGGCUUGACCGCGUUAAGGCCUCGCCCCCUUUCGGAAUUCAAUGAUGCUAUUGUGUUUUCGAGUCGGCCGCUUCGCGACGGCGAACUUUUCGAGGUUUGUCUCGACAAUAUCGUCGAUCGGUGGUCGGGAAGCAUCGAAUUAGGUGUGACCGCCGUUCGCCCCGACGAUAUCGAGCUUCCGGGCACCGCCACCGACCUCUGUCGCGACACCUGGAUGCUCAGCGGAUCCUCCAUUAUGGAAAAUGGCACCACGGUCAAAAACAACUACCCCUGCGACUUGGACACUCUCGACGCUGGCGUUCGAAUUGGAGUCGUGCGUUCAAGCGACAAAACUUUGGAGUUUUACAGAGACGGUGUCCCCCAAGGACCCGCCUGUAUUGUCCCCCACAGUACGGUAUAUGCCGUUGUCGAUCUCUACGGGCAAUGUGCCCAAGUUAGCAUUCCUUGUGUCUCCCCACUUGUUCCUAUUCCCACAAAUUUAGAUAACUGUCCCCGGUCGGACACUUCCAUUAGUUUGCAAGCGGUUAGUGUAGUCCAACCGGCGGUUCAAACCGAUCUACAUAUCUUCUCUGAUUGUCACGGCAAAGGCGUGUGUUUGAGUGACGGUGGCCGAUUGGCCAAACGCACGAAAGAUUUAACCGGGGCGGUGGUAUGUAGCGCCACAACGCUCGAAAGGGAGGAGCUAUUCGAGGUCACUAUAGUUUCAUUGGUCGAGCAUUUGGCCGGAAGUAUAGUCAUAGGCGUGUCGGAAACACCUCCCGGGAAAUCCAACAUUAAUAUCUUCGAACAAUGUUGUUACAUCACCGGGAACGAACUCAGAUUUAGAAACAAAACAAUUCAGUUAUUUACUCCGAGCUUGCAUUGGCUGAACGUCGGGGACCGAAUCGGGUUACUCCGAACGCUCGAUGGCGCUUUAAAAAUUUUCAUAAACAGUGAAGAAUUAAACUUGUGUUUGCCCCCUCUCCCUGAGACUUUAUACGUGGUUGUAGACCUGAAAGGGUCGUGUAAUGCCGUCGCCGUGACCAGUCACAAGUCACCCUUGUGGUCCCUAAACAGCGCACGGUUGCAAGACAGUCUCGAACUUUGCAACCAAGAACAAAUCGAACUGGUCAGAGAUCCGGACGUGUCAACAAUUUACGAAUUUCACGACAACCACGGACGAAAUAUCGAGAUUGUUGAGGGUCGUACGACUGCGAGACGUGUCGCUUCAUAUAAUCAGGGCGUGGUGAUCGCUCAGCCCGCCCUCGAGAUCAGCUCAAAGGUCCAGAUCAUAAUCGACCAACUGGAGACGCGAUGGCAAUCGUCGAUUAUCGUGGGCGUGGUUUCGGGACCACCUGAACGUUUGAAUCUACCUGUCAAUGCACUGGCGUUCAAAGCACCGUGUUGCAUUGUCGCAAACGAUUGGAUUUCGGUGAACGGGGUCAAGUCACGUUCGAACUUCGGCCAACGUUUGAGUAAUUUACAAGUUGGCGAUACUGUGGGUGUUAUGUUGACCCUUUCCGGGUUGAAGUUGUUAGUGAAUGGGAUUGAGGAGGAAGCUUUGUCUUUUGUUUUUCAAACGGGGCAAGCCAUUUACGCUGUUUUUGAUCUCUACGGGCAGUGCCAACAGAUUAAAAUCUUGAAUGAUGUUGCGCAAGAGGUGGCCGAAAAUUCGGUCACUGAUUACGAAAAGGCGGACCUUGAAAGUUGCGAAAAGGAGCGACUGACUUUACCCAUACCCUCAGCAAGUACUAGUCUAACAUCGUCAGGGGGCGUGUCGCGUCCCUCACCGCCUAGUCCAAUCAAAUCGCUGAUUUGUUCCUACAGGGACGAGUGUCUCACGUUUAAGAAACGCCUCCUUUUGCCAGAUAAUUAUUUUACGUCAGACGACCCGAUCUGCCACUGCUCGACUUGCAUAAAAGGCGAGAAAGAUAACUCUCUCCUGGGUUGGGUGAAAUUUCCUCUGAAAAAUUCAGCCAAUACAGCGACCGAUAAGUGGCACACGGCCUUCUACGUGUGUAAGGUGGGGGCGGUGCGUUGUAUACUCGACAAAGGGCAGCCGCUGACCAAAGGCCAGGCCCAGUGGUGUAAUCUAGUGGCACAGAAAGAAGACGAUGUCCAAGUCGUUUUUUACCCAACCUUACAAAACUGCAAGACUUCAGGGUACAAGACAAACAAUCGAGUGGUCCAUGCCGCUUUUCAAUUGUUAGUCAAACCGAGCGCCUACUCCGUAUCGAGGGAUCCACCCGAAUGGAGCACCAAAGAAACCGGAGCAAUUGUUCUACAUUCGCUUUUGAUUCAAAUUGAAUGUAAUUAAAUGUGUAGCGAUUGGUGUGUGCAAUUAAACAUUCGGAAUUUUUUUUGUCGAGCUGUGAUUAUGUUAACGAAUUUAGUCUGAUGAUUGGAACAAGUCGAAGAUGUGAUAUUAUUUUUCCCAAAUUCGUCAUCAAACUAAUUUUAGAAUAGGUUACCGAUGUAUUUAUUUACAACAAGCAGAUUUUAUCCAAGACACACGGCACUGUAGUAUACGUUAAGUUUGUUUACGGACCGAAUAAAACAUGUUGACCACAA